AAUUCCACAGUUCUGAUGUCACAAGGGAGAGAUCGCACAUUUUCUCUUUAAACCUAAACGCUCCUUGUGUCUCUUGGGCGUUUUAUUACCAAGAUUAACAUAUUCUAAUUACCAGAAACACAGUAAAGGAGAUCAAAAAACUAGUUACGGAUUCCUAGGCAAGUUUUUCAAAGUAUGCGCGCGCGUACUUUUUUUGAUACAAAAAAGUUGGAAAGUUAUUUCCACCCCACACAAAAGUAGUCAUUGUGUGCUCUAGACAAACCUUUCAAUUUGAACUUCUUUCUAACAGAGUAAAACGCUUCGAUAUUUGAAAAAAACGAAGACUCGAUGUAGAGGGUUACGCACAGUAAGGGAACUUUCUUUGCAUUGUGGAAACCAUUACAAUUUUAGGUCUUUGGAUCUAUGAACUAUACGUAACCGAAGGAAAACGACAUGUAACCUGUACUGGAAGCCUGUAUCUAUUAAUGUCUUUGGGCAUGGGACAGUCAUUUUCACCUGCAGAGUUCUUUGGCUGGGGGACUUGCCUUCAAGACCAGGAGAAGACUUCCUAAAGUGAAGCGGCACACGUGGCGAGGGUAGAUCUGUUUCUAAGGCCCCUCAGCCAUGCCCUUCCGGAUCAAACUCCGCCGCACCAGGCGCUAUAACGUCUUGAGCAAGAACUGCUUUGUGACCCGCAUCCGCCUACUGGACAGCAAUGUCAUCGAGUGCACACUGUCAGUGGAGAGCACCGGCCAGGAGUGUCUGGAGGCGGUCGCUCAGAGACUCGAGCUGCGGGAGACACACUAUUUUGGUCUGUGGUUCCACAGUAAAACGCAGCUCCAGAGAUGGGUGGAGUUGGAGAAAGCCUUGAAAAAGCAGCUGGACAAAUUUGGCAACGAGCCUCUUCUGUUCUUUGGUGUAAUGUUCUACGUGCCAAAUGUUGCUAGACUUGAACAAGAGGUCACAAGGUAUCAGUAUUACCUUCAAGUUAAAAAGGAGAUUCUUGAUGGACGACUGUCAUUUUCAGUAGAACAAGGGAUCAGGCUAGCUGGCUUAGCUGUACAAGCUGAUUUUGGAGACUAUAAUCAGUUUGAGUCCCAGGAUUUCCUCAGGGAAUAUGUCCUGUUUCCAGUGAAAUGGACCCAAGGUGAAGACGUAUUAGAAGACCUGACACAGAAAGUAGCUCGGGAACACAAGAGGCACUGUGGAAUGCCACCAGCAGAAGCUGAGCUACUUUACAUUAAGGAAGUGGAACAGCUGGAAGGCUUUGGGCAAGAAAGUUUUUCAGCAAAGGAUAACCUUGCAAAUGAUAUUUACCUUGCCGUUUCCUUCAUGGGAGUGUUUGUCAAAUACAGGAAUGGUAGAUCAACCAGCACAUACAGAUGGAAUGACAUUGGUAAUAUCACACACAACAAGUCAGCAAUUACCAUAGAGUUAACAAACAAAGAAGAGACUGUCCCAUUUCACAUGGAUGACAUGGAAAUGGCCAAAUACAUUUCAAGACUGUUCACCGCACGACACAAAUUUUAUAAACAGAAUAAAAUAUGCACAGAACAGUCGAAUUCCCCUGCACCAAUCAGGAGACGGCAACCUUGGAUCAGGUCCUCAUUGCCAAGACCAUUUAUCCUGCCAUCUAUGCACAGCCAGUAUGGAGAGCAUUACCAAGAAACUCGCACCUCACAAGACAGCAUUUUCCUCGAUGAAAUGUCCUACUACAGGUCCCAGACUAGCUUGGAAGGGUGUCCAGUCGAUUUCUACACAGUCCCGAAUGGCAGUGUGUAUAGUGCACCCAGUAUGAACUCUCUCAACCAUUCCCAGAACUUCAUCCAGGCUUCGCCAAUGUCCUCCAACCUCAGUAUUCCAGGCAGUGACAUCAUGAGGCCAGACUACAUUCCUAGCCAUAGACACAGUGCCAUCAUUGUUCCCUCUUACCGACCAACCCCAGAUUAUGAGACUGUUGUACGGCAUCAAAGGGGUAUCCACAUAGACUGCCAGACCCAGUCCCUGAGGAACCUCAACAUCAGGAACUCCUACGCCUAUGGCCAGCCUGAGGGCAUGGUGUACAGUCAGCCUGAAAUACGAGAGCGGCCCCAAUACCCAUAUCCUUAUGGGCUUCCAGUCGACUACAACAAGCCUGUGCCUCCCUCGGCUCAGAUGAACCCCAACAGCUCUGCACAAAGCCAUGCUGCAGCAAGUGCUAUUUCCCACACAGUCAGCACUCCAGAGCUAGCCAACAUGCAGCAACAGGGCAAUCAAGGCUACAAUACAGCCCACAUGCUGAGGAACCAUUUCUCCAGGCCACCACCUCCAUAUCCACGUUUCCGGCCUGCCACUAGCACGCCAGACCUAGCCAGCCACAGGCACAAACCAGUCAAUGGCAGCAGCCCCGAGCCAGUAAUGCGCAAGGUCCAGUUGUCCGUAAAGACCUUCCAACAAGGCAGCUCCCCAGUGGUCCACCAGCCCCCACAGGAAGUCAGUGAGCCACUAACUGCUGUCAAGCACCGCCCAUCGGUCAACAAGCGCCACAGCCUAGAAGUGAUGAGCUGCAUGGUCCGUGGUAUGGAGGCCGUGACUUUGAAGACAUUGAACGCACCUCUGCCUCGCAGGAACACGCUAAGAGAGCAGGUCCAACCUGAAGAACCAGUUCAAAAGGUCCAAGAGGUUAAGCAGCCUCCACAAUACCAGCACAAGAAGACCUUGUCUAAUGCUACCAUGCUGAUUCACAGCAGCGACAGUGAAGAGGAAGAGGAGACCCCAGACUAUGACGUGCAGAUACCAGGGCUAAAUGAAGACAUCAGUGCUCAGCUGCAGGCGGCUUUGGCCAAAAUCCCCAACAAACCCCCACCUGAGUACCCAGGGCCAAGAAAAACGGUCAGUAAUGGAACUAUCAGGCAAGACCAGCUGAAUUACAUCUCGGAGGAAGCUGCCAGGGCCAGGAUGAUGAGGGCCGGCCAGAGUCAGGUCAGCAGCCUCUCUCGCACUGAGCAGGUGACACUAAACGGUCCUUCACUUGGACCGUCUAUUUCAGAGCCUGACCUGACCAGUGUGAAAGAGCGUGUCAAGAAGGAACCAGUAAAGGAGAGACCUGUGUCUGAAUUGUUCUCUAUAGAAGACAGCAUUGUGGAGAGGGAAAUAAUGCAGAGGAAUUUAGAGAAGCAGAAGAUGGACUCCCUUAAGAGGCCGUUGAAAAUGGCUGCGCUUAAUGGUCUCUGUGUGGCAAGGUUGCCGGUUCCUGAGGACAACCAGGAGGACACUUACAAAGUGAUAACGGAUGAAAGGUGUAAAAUCCUGGAAAGGAAGCUCGAAGAGGAAAUGGUGUUCACAGAGUAUGAGCAGAUCCCAAAGAAGAAAGCUGACGGCGUUUUCACCACGGCAGUGAUGCCAGACAACGCAGAGCGAAACCGCUUCCGGGACAUCGUUCCUUAUGAGGAAAACCGUGUUGAGCUUGUGCCAACCAAAGAAAACAACACCGGCUACAUCAAUGCCUCCCAUAUCAAGGUGAGCAUCCGCAGCGAGGAGUGGCACUACAUUGCCACACAAGGGCCCCUGCCAAACACGUGCCAGGAUUUCUGGCAGAUGGUCUGGGAGCAGGGAGUGAAUGUCAUAGCCAUGGUUACCGCGGAGGAGGAGGGUGGAAGGCCGAAGAGCCAUAGGUACUGGCCUAAACUAGGCUCCAAGCACAACUCGGCAACCCACGGCAAGUUCAAAGUGACAACCAAGUUCCGCACAGAUUCUGGUUGCUAUGCAACUACAGGUUUAAAGGUCAAGCAUCUUUUGUCUGGACAGGAGAGGACCGUGUGGCACUUGCAGUACACUGAUUGGCCGGAUCAUGGUUGUCCUGAAGAAGUGCAAGGAUUUUUAUCCUAUCUGGAGGAGAUUCAGUCUGUGCGUCGUCACACCAACAGCAUGCUCGACUCGUCGAAGAGCAACAAUCCUCCCAUUGUAGUGCACUGCAGUGCUGGGGUGGGGAGGACUGGAGUCGUUAUCCUUACAGAACUGAUGAUCGGCUGUUUGGAACACAAUGAGAAAGUGGAUGUCCCUAUGAUGCUGGAGUAUCUCAGGCAGAAACGCAUUUUAAUGGUCCAGACUAUCGCCCAGUAUAAAUUUGUCUACCAGGUUCUCAUUCAGUUCCUCAAAAACUCCAGGCUAAUAUAGAAUUGAGAACAAUCUGUCUGCCAUUUGACUGCUGUUGUACUUCGGUCCUAAUUACUUCAAACCUUGUACAUUUCACUUGUCAUGUUAAUAGCGCCUUGUUACAUAUAAUCUGUCUGAACAUCAAUAUAUUACUUGAUGUUCUGAUAUUAAGAAUAUAUGCUACUUUCUUACUAAUGUCCUUCAUAAUAAUAUAUACCUUUAAACAUCUGAAUAACACUUCUUAGUAUAGUAA